AUGCUCCGAUACUGCCAUCCGGGAGCAGCAACCAGAUGUCUCGCACGGGAGUGGUGCAAGGCCGUACCAGAACAGGGGAAGCCAGAGUACGGUGUCUGUGUUCCUCCCGAAUUUGCCUCUGCGCGCUACACUAUAGAAGUCGUCCCCGUCGUCGCGCCUGGCGUGAACCUUCGAAGUGAUAUCAGCCUCGUUGUCGCCGGUUCAAAUGGACGGCAUACACGUCCGAUCAAGGUCUCCUCUCACUCAACCGGGACAGAGAAAAGAAUCCACGCGGAGCGAGUUGACGUGGGUGAUCCGGAAUUCGUCCAUCUGACGUUGGCCAGCACAAAGCCGUGGAGAUGCGAGCGCAUUAUCGUCUGGAAGGACUUUCGGUACUGGGUAUUUGACUGCACAGGGCAGCUCGACUUCCAGUCCCCAGAAGCAGCUUAUUUGCUCUCUGGGAACAAAAAGUACGAGAUAUCUGUGCAGACUGGGGCUGAUCCGCACGCUGGCACUAUUGGCAGCAUCGAGCUGAACCUUGUGGGUGGUUCACGGAGCACGAAUCCUCAGCCCAUUCUUCAAGCUCCAGACGUCGGGAGUAACAAGCGUGUCAACAUUAGAGCGGCUGACGUUGGUGAUCUGGAGGCGAUCAUGUUGACGAACACAGCGCAAGACGACCCCUGGUACUGUGACUACCUCAAUGUCCGGACGGAGGACGGGAGCAUGUUUGCGUUCAAAGUGAAACGCUGGAUUGGAAAGCCCUACGAGCAAGCUGUUCACGUCCCGCUAAAGCCCUCUGACGUCGAUAUGCCGUCGCAAGAUAUUGACUGCUACACGAGAGCCGCGGAUAUUUUCAACACAACACCGUUAGGAAUGGAAGUCAUGAAAGUGCGAUGUCCUCAAAAUUGCCAAGCAUCCGAGUUUGCCAGGGUGUUGGGCUCCACCAUCCAUCCGAGCCGAAGUUCAAUCUACGCUGCAGCGGUGAACGACGGCGUCUUGUCUCCAUCGGGCGGCACUGUUGUUGUGGCUAUUGUAGAUAGCCUGCCACUCUACAGUGUCGAAGCGAGUGACUUCAAAAGUUCCACAGAAAAACCGGGAUUUUCAUUCUAUGUGUAUCAAAGUGAAUCAAUCGACGCCAUUGAAAAAAACAUCCGGCUCGUGAACGAAUAUGGGAAACUGUCAUCUACUGGACGACUGGAAGUUCGAAGGAAUGGCAUCUGGGGUACUGUUUGCACAAAAGGAGAUUUCUCAAGAUUUUCCGUACCUGCGGCUAUAAAAGCAUGCCAGUUGAUGGGUUACAAGCACGGAGUUUACCUCGAGGAUGGCUGCUCUUCCGCUGAGGGAGUUGACAUGUGUGCGGGAACGGGAUAUCCAGUUGCUCUGGCUGCAAAAGGCUGCUCUGACAUCAUGGGUGUGAACUACUGCGGACAAGCACUAGAGAAAAUUGCCACAGUUAACGUCGCGUGCAAAGGGGACGAAACGGAACUUCGGAUUUGCCCCCACCUGGUCAAGGAGGACAUAUACUGUGUCCAUGAUGAGGACAUCGUUGUUGGGUGCGAAGGCAAAGGAGAUCCCUCUGGAAUCGGCUUGUUCACGGCUGAAGAAAAACCCGACCUUGGGGUCCUCCCAAUAAGGAGUCUGGCACUCACUUGCAGCGACAGACCCGUCACGAGGAGAGACAUGGAAGGCGGCCCUGGCACGACGUUCAUCGCCUCCUGUCCUGACGGCUGCGCAGAGGCGCCUGGAGAUGUUAAAGGGACGUUCGUGUACACGGAUGACUCUCCGAUUUGCAAGGCAGCAAUCCACGCAGGAGCCCUGGAAGCAUCCGGCGGCGAUAUUGUCGUGGACAUUGGGCACAGACAGCCGUCGUUUAUAAGCACAGACCAACACAACAUCCGCAGCUCCGCCAGCGGCCCGUACCCGCGUUCGUUUGUAGUGUCGAGGGUGGCGUCCGAACUCCGGGAACGUGCGUCAGAGCAGGCGGGAAAGGCGAGAAGGAGUGCACUUUCAGCUGUAGCCCCGAAGCAAGCUCGAUUCACGGAAAUAGAAAACGGAUCGGAAUCGCAGCUUUUCGAGGAUAAACUCCACUGGUAUCCACCCCAAAGCUUUCCCGGCUUCGAGGGCCGCCCUGGCUCAUUUGUUGACGCCUCUAAUCUGCCUGGCGGAAGCCUCGUCUCGGGCUUCCGGGACUUCACCCUUGCUGUUAAAGCUACCGUGACCGGGAAGAAAGGGAAGUGGCGAGCGCUUGUCUCCAACGGCGACUGCGACGGCUUCAUGCUGGCCAUCGAUAAUAAUGAUGAACUAGUGUUCGAACAAACUUGCCAUCCCAGGCUCAUUCGAUCUGGUUUCAAGCCCGCUCUCGGUGAACCGUUCACCUGCGCGGCAACAUACUUCGCGCCGGAGAGGGCCGUCGCAAUCUUUGUAAACGGAAAAAAAGUUGCGUACCAGAAGACAGACUAUAGCUUUAAUCUAAAGCCGAAGCUCAUAAUUGGACGGGCGAGCGCCUCUGAAUCAGACUACUUCAAGGGCGAAAUCAUAGCUGUUCAUCUCUUUGACUACGUUCUGUCUCCGGCACAAAUAACACAGCUGCGGAGGGAAACGGGUCCUGUACCGGAGCCUGGCAGAAUGCCGAGAGGGCUGCGUCGAACGGAAGACGGGCGAGUUUGUAUCUCCUCGUGCUCCGCUCAAGAGCCUUCACUGGCGGAAGGUGGCCGCCCCGCGACGAACGCUGCACUGCGACUAACUUGCAAAGACACACUGCUGAAACCUGAAUUCAGUGGAGCCACCGGACAUAAGGUCCUUGUAUCCUGCCCCGCGGACUGUGCACUCUCACCGGCAGAGCUGCACGGCUGCAAGAUAUAUUCAGCAGAUAGUUCGAUAUGCAAAGCGGCUCUGCACAUGGGCGUAAUACAGCGACAUGGCGGAGAAGCUGUAGUAACGCUUCAUGAUGGCAUGACCUCGUACACAGCCUCGAGGGGCCACUACGGUGUAUUAAGCAGCGCAACGGCCGUUCCUCAAGUGCUUGCCUUUUCUGUCACGUCAGCUCCCCACUAUCGGGCGCUGACGUGCGCCAAUAACGGAUCCUUUGUUCUAAAGCUGGGAGUUGGGGAGAGGGAACUCGUGGUUUGCCCCCCCAACUGUUCGGUGGCGGUGAAUCAGGCAGUAUAUGGUACUGGAUUCUACAGUCCGAUAUCUUCUGUCUGCCGAGCCGCCAUUCAUGCUGGUGCCCUGGUGAGCACGUACUCUCCCUCUCCACGGGUGUAUUUUGACGCGGCGAAUCAAUCGUAUAGAGAUUAUUCAGCAACAAUGGCGUCUGCGGAAGAGGAUGAUUUUUAUCUUCGAUACUAUGUCGGACACAAGGGCAAGUUCGGCCACGAAUUCCUCGAGUUCGAGUUCAGACCCGAGGGCAGACUCCGAUACGCGAAUAACUCCAACUACAAGAACGAUACGAUGAUUCGCAAAGAAGCUUACGUCAGCCAGUCUGUGAUGAAGGAGCUGCGACGGAUUGUGGAGGAGUCCGAGAUUAUCAAGGAAGACGACAACAACUGGCCUGCGCCCGACCGCGUGGGUCGCCAGGAACUCGAAAUUGUCCUGGGCAAAGACCACAUUUCUUUCACGACUUCCAAAAUUGGCUCUAUGGCUGACGUCCAACGAAGCAAAGACCAAGAUGGCCUGCGCGUGUUCUACUACUUAGUCCAGGACCUCAAGUGCUUCAUUUUCUCCCUGAUCGGUCUGCACUUCCGAGUAAGUGUGCCUCCGUGA